UUUUUUUUCGAGUUCUGCGGGUAUGUGAUUGGAUGAAACUCACUCUAUAUCAUAGUUGAUGUGAAUGUAGUAUGGGAUUAAUGGAUGGUUAGUAAUAAUGAUUAUUAAUCCUUUAAUUAUCUCAUUCUUUCUCACGAUUGCCAUUUACAUUUUAUUUGUAAAGGGAUGAAAGUAACUAUGGAGUUCCACAAAAAUCACUUUUAGGUCAUCAUCAUUUUAUUCAAGAUUUGGCCCUUUCUUCUGAUGGAAUGUAUGUACUCUCUGCUUCUUGGGAUGAAUCUGUUAGAUUAUGGGAUUUGAACAAAGGUGAAACUAUCCGUAGGUUUGUGGGUCAUAAUAAGGAUGUACUUUCUGUAGCCUUCUCUGCUGAUAAUCGUCAAAUUGCUACUGGUUCCCGUGAUCGUACUAUCAAGUUAUGGAAUACACUUGGUGAAUGCAAAUUAUCCAUUAGUGGUCAAGAUAAUGGUCAUUCUGAAUGGAUUACUUGUGUCCGAUUCUCUCCUAAUCCUGCUAUUCCUGUCAUUGUAUCCUGUGGUUGGGACAAAAUUGUCAAGGUAUGGGAAAUGGGAAAACUUCAACUCCGUUACAACUUGAUUGGGCAUAAUGGUUAUGUUUCAAAAGUAGCUAUUUCUCCUGAUGGUAGUCUUUGUGCAUCUGGUGGCAAGGAUGGAAAUGUAAUGCUAUGGGAUCUUACUGAAGGAAAACAUUUACACUCUAUUUCAGUCAAUGAUGUUAUUUAUGAUGUCGCCUUUUGUCCUUCAAAGACUUGGUUGGCUAUUGCUUGUGGCUCUUUGAUUCAUAUUUGGGAUGUUGAAACUCGUCAAGAUGUGGAUGUGAUUCAUGUGGAAUCUCCCUCAAAUGUGACUGACAAGGCCCUUUCUAUUCAAACUCUUUCUUUGGCUUGGUCUCCUGAUGGCUCUACUCUUUAUACUGGUCAUUCUGACAAUCUUAUCCGUGUUUGGACUUGUUGAUUUAGUUUACCCAUUUUUUAAUGAAAUAAAAUAAUACUACGAUUUUUGAUUAUUAUUUUUUA